UUCGCCAUAACCAUUUCGGUUACGAAUCUUAUCACAUGCACAUACCAAUAAAGAAAAAUUAAAAUUAUCAUUUCCCUGCUAGACAUAAUAAGAUUCAGAUCGAUAAACUGAGUAAGAAAAAAAAUGUUGCCUGAAAUACCCGAAAAAUUUUAUGGCAAAUAUAAGCUUGCCACCAGUGAAAAUUUUGAUAGCUUUCUCAAAGAAAUCGGUGUUGGACUAAUGAAACGUAAACUUGCCAAUACAACAUAUCCAACUGUUGAAUUUUUUAAAGAUCAAAAUGAAAAUCUAAUCUUCAAAUCCCAUACGGUAAUUAAAACAUCGGAAACUCGAUUUAAAUUGGGUGAAGAAUUUGAUGAAGACCGGCUUGAUGGUAAACGUGUCAAGUCUGUUGUUGAAUUUGUUGACGGAAAUCAAUUAAUUCAAACACAACGUGAUGGUGAUAUGGAAAUCAAAUAUAUUCGUGAAUUUAAUGGUGAUCAAAUUAAAGUUACAUCAAUUGCCAAUGAUGUCAAAUGUCUUCGUAUAUAUCAACGAGUUCCUGAAUGAAGAAAAAAAAACUAAAUGACAUUCAUUCAAAUAAA